AGCCCGCUACCUUUUCGGUGGAGCGUCUGGACACGGGAUGGAGUGAAGGCGCGAGUGCCUCUCCUAGGGGGGGUGGGAGGGGGUCAGGCGGUGCCGAAGAGAGGGAGAGAGAGAGAGGGAGAGAGAGAGCGAGCAGAAGAAGAAGCCGCGGCUGGCGCCUGCGAAUUUGGGAUUCGAUUGGGAGGGACCGCUUACUCGGGGGAAAUGGAUUCUGUACCAAGGCUGACCAGCGUUUUCACUUUGCUGUUCUCCGGCUUGUGGCAUUUAGGAUUAACAGCGACAAAUUACAACUGUGAUGACCCAUUAGCAUCCCUGCUCUCUCCAAUGGCUUUUUCCAGUUCCUCAGACCUCACGGGUACUCACAGCCCAGCUCAACUCAACCGAAGAGUUGGAACUGGCGGUUGGUCCCCAGCAGAUUCCAAUGCUCAACAGUGGCUCCAGAUGGACCUGGGAAACAGAGUGGAGAUUACAGCAGUGGCCACACAGGGAAGAUACGGAAGCUCUGACUGGGUGACGAGUUACAGCCUGAUGUUCAGUGACACAGGACGCAACUGGAAACAGUACAAGCAAGAAGACAGCAUCUGGACCUUUGCAGGAAACAUGAAUGCUGACAGCGUGAUGCACCACAAGUUACUGCACUCAGUGAGAGCCCGCUUCGUUCGCUUUGUGCCCCUAGAAUGGAAUCCAAGUGGAAAGAUUGGCAUGAGGGUGGAGGUCUACGGAUGCUCCUAUAAAUCAGAUGUUGCUGACUUUGAUGGCCGAAGCUCCCUACUAUAUAGGUUCAAUCAGAAGCUGAUGAGCACUCUCAAAGAUGUGAUCUCUCUGAAGUUCAAGAGCAUGCAAGGAGAUGGGGUUCUUUUCCAUGGAGAAGGUCAACGUGGAGACCAUAUCACCCUGGAGCUCCAGAAGGGGAGGCUUGCCCUGCAUCUCAACUUGGAUGACAGCAAACCUCGGCUCAGCAGCAGCCCACCUUCAGCCACCCUGGGAAGUCUGCUGGAUGAUCAGCACUGGCACUCGGUCCUCAUUGAGCGGGUUGGCAAGCAGGUGAACUUCUCUGUGGACAGACACACACAGCACUUCCGCACCAAGGGCGAGGCAGAUGCGUUAGACAUCGACUAUGAGCUUAGUUUUGGAGGAAUUCCAGUACCAGGCAAACCUGGGACCUUUUUAAAGAAAAACUUCCAUGGAUGUAUUGAAAACCUUUACUACAAUGGAAUAAAUAUAAUUGACCUGGCUAAAAGACGAAAGCAUCAGAUCUACACUGUGGGCAAUGUCACUUUUUCCUGCUCUGAGCCACAAAUUGUUCCCAUCACAUUUGUCAACUCCAGAAGCAGUUAUUUGCUGCUGCCCGGCACCCCCCAAAUUGAUGGGCUCUCAGUGAGUUUCCAGUUUCGAACAUGGAACAAGGAUGGUCUGCUUCUGUCCACAGAGCUGUCUGAGGGCUCGGGGACCCUGCUGCUGAGCCUGGAGGGUGGAACUGUGAGACUCGUGAUUCAGAAGAUGACCGAACGCACAGCUGAAAUCCUCACAGGAAGCAACUUGAACGAUGGCUUGUGGCAUUCUGUUAGCAUCAACGCCAGAAGGGACCGCAUCACUCUCUCUCUGGAUAAUGAUGCAGCAUCCCCAGCCCAGGACACCACCCGUGUGCAGAUUUAUUCUGGAAAUAGCUACUACUUUGGAGGGUGCCCCGACAAUCUCACCGAUUCCCAAUGUUUAAAUCCCAUUAAGGCUUUCCAAGGCUGCAUGAGGCUCAUCUUUAUUGAUAACCAGCCCAAGGACCUCAUUUCAGUUCAGCAAGGUUCCCUGGGGAAUUUUAGUGAUUUACACAUUGAUCUGUGUAGCAUCAAAGACAGGUGUUUGCCAAACUACUGUGAACAUGGGGGAAGCUGCUCCCAAUCCUGGACUACCUUCUACUGUAACUGCAGUAACACGGGCUACACGGGUGCCACCUGCCAUAACUCCCUCUACGAGCAAUCCUGUGAGGUGUACAGGCACCAAGGGAACACAGCUGGUUUCUUCUACAUCGACUCUGAUGGCAGCGGGCCCCUGGGACCCCUCCAAGUGUAUUGCAACAUCACAGAGGACAAGAUUUGGACAUCAGUGCAGCACAAUAACACAGAGCUGACGCAUGUGCGGGGUGCAGACCCUGAGAAGCCCUACACCAUGGCCUUGGAUUAUGGUGGCAGCAUGGAGCAGCUGGAAGCCAUGAUUGACAGCUCAGAGCACUGUGAGCAGGAGGUGGCCUACCAUUGCAGAAGGUCACGCCUGCUCAACACACCAGAUGGAACACCAUUUACCUGGUGGAUUGGGCGGUCCAAUGAAAGGCACCCUUACUGGGGAGGUGCCCCACCUGGGGUUCAGCAGUGUGAAUGUGGCCUGGAUGAGAGUUGCCUGGACAUUCAACACUUCUGCAACUGUGAUGCUGACAAGGAUGAAUGGACAAAUGAUACUGGGUUUCUUUCCUUCAAAGACCACUUGCCUGUCACUCAGAUAGUUAUCACUGAUACCAACAGAUCAAACUCAGAAGCUGCUUGGAGAAUUGGUCCCUUGCGUUGCUAUGGAGACCGGCACUUCUGGAAUGCGGUAUCAUUUUAUACAGAAGCGUCUUACCUCCACUUUCCUACCUUCCACGCGGAGUUCAGUGCUGAUAUUUCCUUCUUUUUUAAAACCACGGCUUUAUCGGGAGUUUUCCUAGAAAACCUUGGCAUUAAAGACUUCAUCCGACUUGAAAUAAGCUCUCCAUCUGAGAUCACUUUUGCCAUCGAUGUUGGGAAUGGCCCCGUAGAGCUCAUAGUUCACUCUCCUUCUCUUCUGAAUGAUAACCAAUGGCAUUACGUCCGAGCUGAGAGAAACCUCAAGGAGACUUCACUUCAGGUGGACAACCUCCCAAGGAUGACCAGGGAGACUUCAGAGGAAGGUCAUUUCCGAUUGCAGCUGAACAGCCAGCUGUUUGUAGGGGGAACAUCAUCCAGACAGAAAGGCUUUCUAGGAUGCAUACGCUCCUUACACUUGAAUGGGCAGAAACUGGACCUGGAGGAGAGGGCAAAGGUCACAACUGGAGUCCGGCCAGGAUGCCCCGGUCAUUGCAGCACUUAUGGCAGCAUCUGCCACAAUGGGGGCAAGUGUGUGGAGAAGUACAGUGGGUACUUCUGUGAUUGUACCAAUUCACCAUAUGAAGGGCCCUUCUGCAAAAAAGAGGUUUCUGCUGUUUUUGAGGCUGGCACUUCUGUUAUGUAUAUGUUUCAAGAACCCUAUCCAGUGACCAAAAAUAUAAGUCUCUCAUCCUCAGCGAUUUACGCAGAUUCGGCUCCAUCCAAGGAAAAUAUUGCUUUUAGCUUUGUGACAGCCCAGGCGCCCAGCCUCUUGCUCUACAUCAAUUCUUCUUCUCAGGAUUACCUGGCUGUCCUGCUCUGCAAGAAUGGAAGCUUACAGGUUCGCUAUCAGCUAAGCAAGGAAGAAACCCACGUUUUCAAUAUUGAUGCAGAGAACUUUGCUAACAGAAGGAUGCACCACCUGAACAUUAACCGGGAGGGAAGAGAGCUUACAGUUCAGGUGGAUCGGCAACUGCGACUAAGUUACAACUUCUCCGCAGAAGUCGAAUUCAGGGCCAUACGGUCACUCAUCUUGGGCAAAGUCAGAGAGCAUGUUGGACUGGAUUCUGUAGUUGCCAAAGCCAACACCCUGGGUUUUGUUGGAUGCCUGUCUUCAGUCCAGUAUAACCAGGUAGCACCCCUGAAGGCAGCCCUGCGUCACACCACCAUUGCACCUGUGACUGUCCAUGGGACCCUGACGGAAUCCAGCUGUGGCUCCAUGAUGGAUGUGGAUGUGAACGCAGUGACCACAGUUCACUCUUCAUCAGAUCCCUUUGGGAAGACAGAUGAGCGAGAACCACUCACUAAUGCUGUUCGGAGUGACUCGGCCGUCAUUGGAGGAGUAAUAGCGGUGGUGAUAUUCAUCAUCUUCUCUAUCAUCGGCAUCAUGACCCGGUUCCUUUACCAGCAUAAGCAGUCACACCGUACUAACCAGAUGAAGGAGAAGGAAUACCCAGAAAAUUUGGACAGUUCCUUUAGAAAUGACAUUGACUUGCAAAACACAGUGAGCGAGUUAUUUUUAUUUCAUCAGGAUUUUCCCAGGAUGCUUUAGUGCUGUCAUCACAAUGAUACACCCUGCUCAGGUUGAACACCCAGACACAAUUUUAAGGGAAAUAAACUGUCAAAAAACUCUUUAGAUCCACAGUCCUGAAUCAAAACUCACAUAUGUAUAAGGCUAGAGGUCCUGAAAUCAGUCUAAGGGUCCUUCUUUCCCCUUCGUUGGUCCUGCCAUAGGAUGACACAUUAUAAAAACAUGUGAUAUUCUCCAUCCCUAACAAUGAAUACUACCAGGAACCCACUAUCUAACACUACUUGGGAACACUGGCUUUCUCAAUCAUUCCCAGUGACACAGAAAAUUACAAAAUACCAGGAUAAAAUUGGAAGAGUAGUACUAGACCAUGACCAAAGGUGAAUCUAAUUGUUUCAUAAUUAAAUCCUUGUCUUCUUUUCAUUUGCAUCAUGUUAUUUCAUGCUUCAGAUGCCAGCAGCAGCCUCUGAAGAUAGGUUCUAGGCAUGCAGGAGGAACAUUGCAUUGCCCUGCAGACUCAUUGGAAGGCCCAUAAGUAGAAACUUUCAGUGAAACUUUGAGGGAUAAUACUAUCAGGCAUCUGCCUAGUCAUAUUUUUCCACUAUAGUCAACCCCAUCCCAAAGGCUUUACAUGAAAUAUUAACAUAAUCUCUUCUAUUUGAAUGGCAGUGUCAACUUAUGUAACCUUGCUCUGCCUUAAAUAUCCAUGCAAAAAAAAAAAAAAAAAUACCAAACCUUGCUUUAAAGCAGCAUAGUUAUAGUGUAAGAGGGACUUCCCAUUUAGGGAGGUCCAACACCAAGACUUUUCUCCUUCUGAAGCUGGUAGUUGGCAGGCCAUCUGAUACCCUGUAAUGUUUUAGGCUGUCACUUCCCUCAGUCAACAGGAAGAAGAAAAAUGUGUCCAGGGUUGUCACUGGAGAUACAAAUGCAGGCUAAAGGGGAACCAGGAGUCUGCCUCUAGGAUUUAAUAGAUAAGCAGUCAGAAAAUGUUUUGUGGUAAAAGGCUGGAUGAUUUAUACUUUAGGCUUUACAAACCAAUAAUAGUCUUGGUUGCAAAUACUCACUUCUGCCUUGGUAGCAGGAAGUGGGGGCAAAUAUACACAAAGAGGCAUGGCUAUGUUCUAAUAAAAUUUUAUUUACAAAAAACAGGGAAUAGGUCAUAUUUGGCCUGUGGACUGCAGUUUGCAGAUCUCUACAUCAGAACGUUACCAUGCCCAUUUCAAAUGGGAGAUCCAUCUCUCUCUGGCAUGCAGUGGCCCUCUUUUUUGAGGAAUUAGGAGUGGGGAGAUUAUUUUUUGACAAACAAACAAUAAAAUGCAAAAUAACCUCUCCCCCCAAAAUCUAUAUGUCAGACUUUUUGUUAUGGCAAAAGCACAAAACAGGUCACCUCCUUUUGUAGAUCUGGCAGAGUCUAGCUUUUCCUUUGGACCUUCUCAUUUUUAUUCUUAAAAGAGAAUCCCAAGUGAUGUUGCCUCGUUCCAAGUCCUUUUUGUAGACCACGUAACAUGUCUUAAUACACUGUAUGGGGAAAAAUAAAAGUUAGCCUUAGAUUUCUUUGUUUUCUAUGGUUACUGUUGUACAGAAGGAAGACUUAAACUGUAAAUAAUGUAUAUUUAAUAAAGAGAGAAUUUUGUAUGA